UGUGACUUAUUCAUACGAUUGAUGACCUAGUUGCGCCUCUGUAUAGUUCACAGUAAAACCCAACGGCGUAACCACGGUGACUAUAUUUUGUUUAAUUCCCCGGGUGCAUUGUGAUAAAAUAAAAAUAAUCGAUUACGUAAAUCAUACACAACACAUAUUUUGAUAAAAACAUAUUCACUUUUAACGAAACACGUCUAUUACACACGCAAGCGUCAUCAAAUGUCACAGGAUGACGAGUCUAAAUGUAACACGGCCUACCAAUAUUUUAAAUGCGCAAAGCCAUUGGAUUUUUCUUACAGGAAUCUUGUGUCACUUGAAGAGUUGAAUGGAAACGAAGAACCACUGCCACUGAGAGUGCGAGGAGCUCCAAAGAAAAACCUAAAGAGUAACCGUUACAGGACAGGUUCGUUUUGGCUGAAUAAAAACAAUUUGAAAAACGUCAACGGCCUGAGGAACCUGGCCGAUCGUCUAUUCGAAAUGGCUGAUUACCUCUCGUGGUUAGAUUUGUCCGACAAUAACCUAACUUCAAUCAGUGACGAAUUCCUGCUUUUUCCAAAUCUGUCAAUGUUGUACUUGCACAAGAACAAUAUUGAAGACUUUGUGGACUCGUACAAACUACGGAAACUGACUAAAUUGCGGACGUUGACGCUGCACAAAAACCCAAUGUGCAGGUUCCCGUGUUACCGGAGCUCAGUCAUCUCUUUUUUACCUAACCUCCGAAAGUUGGACCAUGUGGUGGUAGUUCGCUCGGAACGUGAGCAAGAUAGAAAGUCGCUGGACAAGGACAUCCGCGUGCGCUUGACGAACAUGUAUCCGGAAGACUUUCUUUGCACAUUAGAAUCGACAAAAAGGCCUGAUUAAAAAACAGCGUCCUAUAUUAAUAUUCCUACAAGGCUGUAUUUAAUAUUGCAAAAACAAAAACAAAAAUUAAGGCACUUUAAAAAAACUUUAUUCUUUGUACAUCAUAAUACUGCUAUACCUGCAACCGUUCGUGGUGGCUAUGACGUUAUAUACGAACUG